AUGGUGCAAGAGGUGCUUCUGUGCGAGAAGGACUGCGGCACAUCCGUCGACCUUUGCGCGCUCGGGUGCGUCAUGGCGGAGCUCGUCGCCGGGAGUCCGCUCUUUGAGGAGGAGAACGAGUACAAGCAACUGACCAACAUCAUCCGCCGCCUCGGAAUCCCUAAUGACAUGUCGGCAAUGCCGCUGGGUGUCUCGGCGCCGAGCCCGCUGCGAGACACGGUGCCGGAGGAGCAGCUGUCGCAGGCGGGCUUCGACGUCCUGCGCGGCCUACUGGAGUUCGACCGCAAGGACAGGCUCACUGCUGCAGCCACACUGCAGACGUCAUGA